CCUAACAGUGCCAGUCAGUGCCACCUAACAGUGCCGCCUAUCAGUGCCAUUAGUGCCUCCUCAUCAGUGCCCAUCAGUGCCACCUAUCAGUGCCCAUCACUACAGACUCAUUAGCGCACAUCAGUGAAGGAGAAAAAUCACUUUAACAAAAACUAAGAAAAAAAACUUUUUUUUUCAAAAUUUUCAGUUUGUUUAAGAAAAAAUAAAAAACCCAGAGCUGAUUAA